CCGGAAACUGAUUCAACUUCAUCUUCAACCUCCGCUGCUGAAAGUGUCACCUUUCCAGUAGCGUUCAAUCACCCUCUUCCAAUCAAAUUAGACUCGAAUAACUGUCUUUUGUGGAAGCAUCAUGUUGAGUCUGUGAUUCGCGCGCACAAACUCGUUCGGUUCAGAGAGAAUUCGAAGACUUUAGAGCAAUUCAUCACAGAUGAAGAUGGAAAGGAGACUGUGAAUGAGGCUUACACUCACUGGGAUCAACAUGAUCAGAUGUUGUUCGUGUGGAUGCUUUCAUCUCUAUCUGAAACUCUGCAUGCUCGUAUUAUUCAUUGCCAGCGAUCGUAUGAACUCUGGAACACGAUUCACAAUUUCUUCCAAGCUAACAUCGUUGCUAGGGCAAGGCAGCUCAAAUCCGAACUCUAUAACACUGGAAAAGGGGAACGAUCCAUCUCAGAGUACCUGCUUAGAAUUCAGACACUUGUUAACAAUCUUAUUCUCGUAGGUGAACCGAUCUCUAAUAAAGAUCAUAGCAAUGUCAUACUCGAAGGAUUGCCACAAGAUUAUGAAGCUCUUGUGUCCUCUGUAACUUCUCGCAGCAUUCUCGAACCAGUUACCUUAGCUGAACUUGAGUCCUUGCUUCUAGCAAAAGAGAUGAGACUUAAGAAACAUCAUGACACUACUCAGCAAAGUAUAUUUUCUGCUAACGUUGCUCAAGUUGAUACUUCCUCUCAGAACAAUUCAUCUGAAAUCUCUAUUUCUGUUGAAAAUGCCUCUGCAAAUGUUUCUCAGUAUAAUAAUCCAAAUAGUGAUAAUCCUUACCGCGGACGUGGUCGCAGUGGCUAUCACAGAGGCAGGGGUGGUCGCUCUGGACGUAAUUCUAUCAUUUGUCAAGUCUGUGGAAAAUCAGGUCACCAUGCCUUGAUUUGCUACCAUAGAUACAAUCCUGCAUAUACCAAUCCAAACCCUAAUCCUUCUUCUCAAAACCCUAAUUAUCCAAAUCAAACAUCUGGACCUCCGCCCUACUCGAAUCCCAACUCACAAUCUCACUAUCCUCAAAAUCAUUAUACUCAUCAACCUAAACCAUAUACCUUUCAAUCUCAGUCUAUACAAUCAAAACCCAAUCAGUCAUGGAAUCAUCAGCCUACCAAUCCAUCUCCACCUCCUGAAACCUUCAACUGGGGACAUCAACAACCUUUUAAUACUCCACCAAUUGCAAACUAUGCCACUGCUAAUCAUUCUGUACUUGGUCCUAUUCCAUCUAAUCAACAUUGGUUUCCAGAUUCAGGAGCAACUCACCAUGUUACUGCAGAUCCACUGAAUUUCCAGCACAGUGAGCCUAUUGCCACAUCUGACAAGCUCUUCAUGGGCAAUGGACAAGGUUUCUAAACAAGUCUUGUUGCAUGGAAAACUUGGUGAAGAUGGCUUAUACAAGUUUCCUUUCAUUCCUCUUGGUCCAUGUCCAACUGUUGCAGUUCAUCCUCCAGCCUCUUUAAUGUCUACUAAUAAAUCUGUGCAUCCAAUGUCUUGUUUGUCAUCAUGUAAUAAGUCUCAGUCAUGUAAUUCUUCAAUUUCAUGUAAUCUUUGGCAUCUCAGAUUAGGUCAUCCUCAUCUUGAGGUACUUAAAUCUGUACUUAAACAUUGUAAUGUGUCUUCUAUAAAUCACAUUGAUGUUGAUUUCUGUUCUGCUUGC